AUGGGCGGCCGCUGCUCCAGACGCUCGUCCAGUCCGUCGCAGACGCAGCUAAACGACUUCACGUUGGUCCGGUCGAUCGGGAAGGGAGCCUUUGGCAAGGUUUGUUUUGUUUGGAACUUGAAAAUUUUUUGAGUUUUAGGAAAAAUUUAAAAUAGGACUCUUUCACAAAAAAAAAUUUUUCAAAUUAAAAUAAAAUAUGGUCUCUACGUACUUCUUGACGAGAAAAAAAAACAUUUUUUACAUUGCAAUAUAAUACUAAAAUAAACAAAAAUGGUAUUUAGGUAGGAAUAGUGUACCAUCGCGGAAUGAAGAAGCAUUAUGCUAUGAAAUACAUGUGUAAGGUACGAUUACAACACAAAAACGUGGUGUUCAACGUGCUACGAGAGCUGCAGAUCCUAAAAGAACUUAGCCAUCCCUUCAUUGUCAAUCUCUGGUUCACUUUUAUCGUAAGUUAUCACUUUUAACUUUGAUUUUUAGGUAUAAAAUGAGGAAAAAAAGUUCUAGAAAGUCUUAUAAUUAUCAAUAAUAAGGCUAAAGUAAUAAAUAUUAUAUUAAACCACAGAUUACUUUAAAGUAUGUUUAAAAAUACGAUCAUGUUUUGCCCAAGACAAAAAUAUUACUUUAACUCUUACAGGACGAUGACUACAUUUACAUGGUGAACGACCUCCUCCUCGGCGGAGACCUUCGUUACCACCUCUCUCAAGUCGGUCGAUUCACAGAAGCACGUUGUAAACUGUACGCAUGUGAAAUGGCGUUAGCUCUGGACUACCUACACAACCGCAACAUAAUGCAUCGUGACCUGAAGCCGGAGAAUAUUCUACUAGAUGAUCAAGGUCACGCUCAUCUCACCGACUUCAACUUGGCUACGAAGAUCGACGAUGGUAUGUUGGCGACCAGCUUCUCCGGCACCCGACCGUAUAUGGCGCCGGAGAUUCUGGCGACGGCGCUGGGACAACGUGAAGGCUACGAUAUGUGCGCGGAUUGGUGGUCGUUGGGCGUGUGUUUGUACGAAAUGCUGCGCGGACGACGGCCGUACGAGUUUCAUUCUUCUUCAAGUACUCUGCAGGUGGGUUGGGGCGGUAAUAAAUUGUAAUUUAUUGGUACAAGGUGGUACUCUAUAUCACAAAAUCAAAUUUUUAUUAGUACUCAAUGUACCUUUAAAACAAAACUUGAUUUUUUAUAAUACUAGAUAGUACGAUAAAGUCAACAGUACUAAAAUUAUGGUACUGAAUAGCACCAUUAUGUAAUUAGUACCAAUAAUGUGUCAAGUCUUACCCUCUUUGAAAGUUCAAAGCGUUGACGACAGAACUUUUUAAAAGCCCCUAAGCUGUUAAAAAUGGUUUCAGGUUCUUUCUCUAAUGAUAAACGGGUCAAUCACAAUGCCGGCUGAAUGGCCAAACGAUCUCAAGAAAUUUCUAUUGGGCCUUCUGAGCACGUCCACACGGAAACGGACCAACGAUCUCACAAAGUUCUCCACACACGAAUACAUGCAACGAAUCGACUUUGACAGCGUCCUUGCUAGGUAAGCUCUAAGCUGCACUAUUUAAACUUAUACUACCCUAACUUACCUUACUUUACCUUAACUUACCUUACCUUAAUUUACCCUACCCUACCCUACUUUACCAAUACCUAACACAUUGUUUUUAUUAAAAUCUAAAAGAGUACCAUUUUCAGACGGGUAACCCCAGCGUUCGUACCAAAACGCACCAGACUCAACUGUGACCCCACCUACGAACUGGAAGAGCGAAUCUGUGAAUCCUCUCCAUUGUACGGUCGCCAUCAUCGUCAUCGACGAAAAAAGAACUCUCACACCCCAACCAUCAUUACCGACCGGUGUGGGGAAAGCGAGAGUACCAACUUGAAUGGUCCUACUCAGACCGAAGUGUUGGACAAGACUUUCGUAUCGUACAAUCGAUUCAAAGCCGCUUCAGAAGCCGAUGGAAACGGGAAAGUGGAGGAGAAGAAGGACAAAAGCCCGGUUCCAUCGACGUCGUCGCCGAACAAUCGACCGCCACAGAGUCAGCUGUCGAUUACGUCGAGGAGUACCAACUACUCGAUCGGUGGGAGAAGGUAGGGCGUUUUUUAUUUAUUUUAGGGGGUGUUAUAUAAAGUUUUAUAAAUUACGACAAAAAUAUGUUGUAGAAUCGCCCCGGCUUUUGUUUCUAUAAACUUUUUGACCUACUCGAUAUUUAUAAAAAAUGGAAUUGAUGCUAUCUUCUUUACUUUAUCCCUUUCAGAUUCCUCGACCUAACAGCCUCUAACUCUCCCUCCAACUUCUCUCCGGCCUCUUCAACCUGUUCAGUCAGCAAUAACACCUCGAUCCUCAAGAAUCGAGCUGUUGUCACCAACCACAAGUCAGAAUUGGAUGGAAAACUCUUUAAAAUUUCUGAAACUGUGGCAUAA